AUGUUCUCGUCACUAUUCCUACAAUUUGAGGAUCCGAAUAGGCCUUUCCUGGGACCUAUCCUUAAAUACCUGUCUUUUUGGGGCCUCUGGCUCCCAGAUGGCUUUCGAAAUAAAUGUUUUGCUAUCCUCAUUCAACUCCUAGAAACGAUUUUCAUUACGACCGAAUUCCUUGACAUUUUCUACGUUAAAACUGACCUGAACCUAGUACUAACGAACCUAAAAUUUUCCAUGCAGGGCGUAAUCAACAUUUGCAAGGCAUGGUCAUUGAUUUUCUGGCAGAAAGAUUGGCGGAAUGUUUGCGAAUAUGUGACUAGAGCUGAUUUAGAAAACCGUCGUUCAAAGGAUCCGCAACAAGAAGAAGUUGUCAGGAAAUUCACUCGAUAUAGCCGGAAAGUGACCUAUAUGUUCUGCGCUUUAUCAUACGCUACUGCUUUUGUAGUCAUAUUCCAACCAGCGUUUAAGUACCUUUUGUCCCCGAAGUAUAGAGAGAAUACUAAAGACGGUACAGAAGAUUAUAUGGAAGUCGUGAGUUCCUGGGUACCUUUUGAUAAACAUAAAAUGCCUGGUUACUUCUUCGCUUGUGUGAUCCAGGCUUUUGGUACUUUAUUAGCCUGCGCCUGGAUAACUUCUUAUGAUAUGAUUGCUUUAUCCGUCAUGAUAUUUAUUCGUUUAGAAUUGGAGUCUAUUAGAAUUGAUUGUGCUACAAUAUUUGAUGAAAAUGAUGGUGAUAUUGUUUUGGACAGAAUUAAACGGUGUCACCGACGUCAUGUGGAGUUGAUAAGAUGCUGUCGGCUGUAUAACUCCUGUAGUUCACCAAUACUGAUGUUAUACACAUUUAUUUGCACAGUAAUGCUCUGUGCUACAGCUCAUCAAAUAAACAUGGAAACAAAUAAAAUGCAACAAAUGAUGACAUUAAUUUAUCUCAUAUUUGGCAUAUCUCAACUUUUUCUCUAUUGUUGGCACAGCAACGAUGUUUAUUAUGCUAGUAUGGCCCUUGCCACAGGUCCGUAUGAAAGCAAAUGGUGGUCACAAAAUGCAUCAAAACAGAGAAGUAUUUAUAUCCUGGUUGGACAAUUAUCCAAAUUAAUUAUAUUUACCGCUGGACCAUUCACAAAUUUAACUGUAGCCACUUUUAUAAAUAUUCUCCGAGGCGCUUACAGCUAUUACACGCUGCUUUAACUUCAAGAUUACUUCCUUAACUUCAUUAGCAAGUACGAUACACGUAUGACGUAAGGACCAGAUUAAAUGGAAAUUAUCUCACACACAAUUAGAAGACAUUCUACUAACGUUAAAAAAGAGCAUGUGUACCGAGCACACGUGUCAGAAGUGAAACUUCUUUGGCAAGAUUCAAAGAUA